GCGGCUCGGCAUGGCGGGGCUGCGCUUCCCGCAGCACGGCGGCUACUGCCGCGCGGCCGCGGCCAUGAACCUCCUGCUCGGCGUCUUCCACGUCCUCCUGCCCUGCUUUCGCCCCGGGGAGGCGCAGGGACAAGCCAUCGAGCCCAUCCCCGGCGUGGUGGAGCUGUGGCAGGCCGAGGAGGGGGAGCUCCUGCUGCCCGCCCAGGCUGAUUCGGAGGAGGAUGUGGAAGAGCAUCCGCAAGAGCAAAGUUUCUCUGACAUGAUUUUUCUGGUGGGAAAAGGCCUUACAUUUCACCCAUCAGUUCUGCAUUUUGGAAUGCAGUUAUUGGGGUUACCCAGAGCUAAAAUGCUACAUGCCUACAAUCCUAGUAGAGAUAGAGAUGUUGUAGUCAAUUCAGUGUUUACAGCUACUAGACAGUUUCAUGUGUCUCCUGCUCAUAGCCGGGUGAUUCCAGCGAUGGGAAAGGUGUCUUUCAGAGUACUCUUCCUGCCAACAGAAGAAGGCAGUAUUGAAAGCUUAUUUAUAAAUACCUCAUCUCAUGGAGUACUUUCAUGUCAGCUUAGGUUUUUUGGAACAGGAACUCUGAUGUCUUCUCCAGAAGAACCUAAAGUGCAGCUAGCAAAUGCCUACUUACUGCUUCCACACAUUCAAAACAUCCAGGCAUCACACACACUGGCAGAAACUAUGAAUGCCACUCUCUUACGGGUUCACCUUGAAUGCAGUUUACCUAAUGACACAUAUCAGUUAGUUAAGAGUUGCUGUUUUAUGUCUGAUGAUCCAAUGCUGCUAGAAAUGAGCUUAACAGUAAGAGUGGAAAAUGCCCAGCAAGAUUUUAUGGAGCACAGACAAUACUUACUGGAGAAUCUUUUUGUUGUUUAUGUAGCAAUGGAAAAAACAAAGACCUCAGGAGAUGCUAUACUAAUGGUAGUACUGCUACAAAGAUGAUCAUGUCUUGUCCUCUUGCAGGAAAUACGGCAGUUGUCACAAAAAGACACACCACCUGUGGAGUUUGAGCCAGUACUGCUAUCUUCAUCGUCUACUAACUUUACAAAAGUUGCUUCUAUUUCUUGUAAAGCUGCAUCCUGUGACAGUGAAAGUCUUCAUUCUGACAAUAAGAAGAACAAUGUAUUGGAAGGCACUACAACACUAAAAGCCUGUCUUUCCUGUCCUGUAAUGGAAGGGUAUUUUGAUGUAGAUCCUUCUGCAGCAUUGUUUCAUAUAGAACCACAUCAUAAUACUUCAGGAUUUUGGUCCAUAUGGUUUACAAAUAAUUUUUACUUCAGCAUUGAAUUGAAUGAAGUCUUCAUAGCCAGAGAAACAAAGAACAUAGUAAAGAUUCUGAACUUGAAACCUUUGACUCUACCUCCAGGCUGCUGGAAUGUAUUUUCUUUGAAGCUCAGUGUGAAAGACACUGUAACGAAUGUGCUCUCUAGUAUUUGUUUGGCCACAAAUGUGGGAGUCAUAUUUGAAAUACCUCUGCAGAUAUAUGCGACUGUGUCCAAGCAGGGAGAUCUUAAUUUUGAAGCAAUUGCCCACUGUGAUAUUCAGUGCUACUUGGGAAAGUCUGAUUCAGGUAGGCUCAUCUCAGGCUUCUUUUGGCAUCUGUCAUCUCUCCUGGACCGUUCUGCCUGGGACCUGGAUUCUGAGCUUGCAAGUGACCUUUAUGGAAGAUGGCAAAAAAUAAGACGUGGGGAAGCCUGCAGGAGAAGUAUUUUAGGAUCACCUCACUUUAUUCAGCAGAAGAAGUCUGAAGAGGAAUCCUUUGCCUUUUUCUUGCCGCGACUGACUACCGAGCCCAGCCUUACUCUCAACUUCAGUGCCACAGCCGUUAAAAGUAGUAUGGUAAAAUAUUUCGUACUAAGAAACCCUUCAUCCUUCCCAGUUACGUUGCAGCUUCUGCCUCUUUCUUACUACCCUGAUCCCCAAGCUUCACUGAGUCUGCUGAACAAAUGGUUCGGCAUAAAUGUGCAAGCUAUUAAUUUCACAACCACCGAAUUCAGGCUAAUGGAUGAAUGUUCUCACAGGAAUGCACAUCAAGAGGAUUUCAUCAGCAAGAAAUGCAGUUCUGAGCUGCUUUUGUUAAGUUUACAGCCACUGGAAACCAGAAAAGUUGGUGUAAUUUUUACACCGCUUGACUACAAAAGAGUAACUUCCCUUAUUUUAAUCAGAAACAACUUAACUGUUCUGGAUGUGGUCAAUGUAGAAGGCUUUGGAGCCAAAGAAUUGCUUAAAGUAGGGGGAAGACUACCUGGUGCAGGAGGAUCUCUUCGAUUUAAGGUGCCAGAAGCUACGCUAAUGGACUGCAGACGACAACUGAAAGACAGCAAGCAAAUUCUAUCCAUAACGAAGAACUUCAAAGUAGAGAAUAUUGGGCCUCUUCCUAUAACAAUUUCAUCGAUGAAAAUCAAUGGUUACAGUUGCCAAGGAUAUGGAUUUGAAGUGUUAGACUGUCAGGAAUUUUUCCUGGCCCAGAACUCAUCACGAGAGAUCAGCAUUGUAUUCACUCCUGACUUUACAUCUUCCUGGGUAAUUCGUGAGCUUACACUGGUGACUGCUGCUGAUUUGGAGUUCCACUUCACACUCAAUGUGACUCUUCCUCACCAUCUAUUACCACUAUGUGCAGAUGUGGUGCCAGGCCCCAGCUGGGAAGAGUCUUUCUGGAGGCUCACUGUCCUCUUUGUAAGUUUGUCCCUGCUUGGAGUGAUUCUGAUAGCCUUCCAGCAAGCCCAGUAUAUUCUAGCAGAGUUCAUGAAAUCAAGACAGAGGCCAAAUCCUAACUCUUCACCACAGCAGAACAGCAACUCUGUUGACGUAAUCAGCUCCGAUUCCUACAAGGGAAGUUGCAAGACCUUUAUGGAUUCCUAUAGUUCCUCAGAUAAAGGUAAAGGGAAGGGCUUCCUGUCUGUAGGUGCUUCUUCCAGCCGAAGUCAGAGUGCAGCAAAGAGAAGUCCUGCGACCUACAGCCACUCUCAAAAGAAACACAAAUGUUCAGUUUACUACAGUAAGCAGAAACCAAACACAGCAGCUGGCAGUGCCAUUGCAGCUACUGAUGAGAAACAGAAUCAGAUUGCAGAGACCCAAAUCUCAGCACCAAAAGAGGACAUUUGCACUGAUGUUGUCAGUGAGAACUGGGUAACUCUGAAGUAUACAAAUGGCAUAAACGUUAACAAGAAUUUAACUCUUCCAGAAGACUUUCUGGGUAAAGAAGAAAGUACACUGAAAAAUACAGUUCUCAUUAAAAAUACUUCUUCAGAGUGUGAUCUGAAGGAAGAUCUUCAAACAUGUAUGUUUCCUAAGGAAACUAACCUUAAAACUUCAGAAAAUCUAGCUGAGCUCAAAGAACAGGAGUUCUGUCCUGUGAAGAUGUCCAAGAAGCUACCUGAAAGUCACUUGUGCAGAAAUUCACCUCAACAACAACCGGAACUGCAGGAAAUUUCUAGGAAAAUUAGUGGGAAUAGCCAGCAAGUGCCUCUCAGGAAUGAAGCAGAAAGCUGCGAGAAUUUAAAAAGGCAGAUCAACCUAAAGCCUUCCACAGAGAAAAAGAUUAAUAAGGGACCUAAGGAAGAGCCUCCAUGCUGUGCAAAAGAGGAGACCACUUGUUCUGAGCAAGAAGAUGCAUAUAGGAAGAAGAAACCUCAGGAGAAAAAGGAAGGAAAUGUACCAAAUAUGAAUUGGAAUAGAAAUAGAACAUCUAGAAAAAAUAAGAAGAAGAAUGUUAAUAUAUCUACAAGGGUCCCUGAGCAGAGUGAGUUGAAGCAUAUGUGCGGUGAAUUUGAAAGGCCAGAUCUGAGAGCGAAUAUUGGAAUAAGAGCCUGGUGUCCUCAGAGUAACGGGGAAAAUUGUAAAGCAGACCAAAAAGCUGGAAGCUUGUCUAUACAGGGAGAAACAGAAAGCUUUUAUCAGCGGUCCAAAAAGAAGUCUUUGGAGAAGUUUUGUUCUGAUUCAAGCUCUGAUUGUGGAAGUUCAUCAGGAAGUGUUCGUGCCAGUCGUGGGAGCUGGGGUAGCUGGAGCAGUACCAGCAGUUCAGACGGAGAUAAAAAGCCAAUGAUUACUGCCAGGCAUUUUCUUCCAUCCAGAGAGAAUAUUUCACAAAAUGAUUUUCCAUCUGAAACUCCUAUCACUUUAAAUCUGUCUCAUAACAUCUGCAAUACCAGAGACAUGAACAGCAUCCCCCAGUAUCCUGAAACCUUAUGUCCCAAUUUCACUGACAUACCUGCAGAUCCUGACAAAAAUAAAGGUCUUUACCCAACAGGAGACUUGUGGCCUGCCCAGCCAGUCUGCAUGACAAACAGUUUAAACUACAACCUUGAGAAUAAUAUACCGUGCAUGAUCCAGGAAACCCCCUCUGUUCACAACAGCUUCAUCGACUGGAAUGCAGCUUGUGACAGCCAGUUUUCCAACAUGUAUUGUCCACUAGAGAUGAAUGAAUAUGGUGCUUUCCCAGAAGAAAACAUGAACUAUCCCAGUGGCUUCCCAGGUACUGCAGCAGUGCAGAAUACAGCCUUCAUUGACCAGAACUGUCCCUCAACCUGGAAUGCUCAUCCCAACUUGCCACCUGCCUGGGAGCCCACCAGUUAUGUCAACUCCACACCCUACCUCUCAAGCACCCGAAGCUUGUCUCCAAUGUCUGGACUUUUUGGUUCCAUCUGGGCACCUCAGAGUGAUGUUUAUGAAAGCUGCUGCCCCGUCAGUGCCACGACUCAACAUUCAACCCAUGUGGAGAACCAGGCAGUUAUGUGUAAGCAGGAAUACUAUCCGAGGUUUAACCCUUUCCGUGCCUACAUGAACUUGGACAUAUGGACUACAGCAGCCAAUCGAAAUGCAAAUUUCCCUCUUUCGAGGGACUCGGGUUAUUGUGGAAACGUGUGAAAGGAAUUUGAUUUAAAAAUGUGAAUAAAGAUGCUUGCAAUUUUGAUUACUAGAGUAAGCUGGUUGCUGAAUAGAUUACAAUGUUGGUGAAUAUUUUGGCACUUUUAUAUUGAAAAUAAAUUUUUUUUACUGAA